GGUGGUGGUGGGGGUAGAGGGGAGCAGCUCACCCACCUCCACCUUUCCCGUUCAAAGAGGCUGCAGUCAGGAGAAUGGGCAAAUCGGAAAGUCAAAUGGACAUCAUGGAGAAAUCGAGUAAACCUGGAAAACGUGGUUGGACGGGGGCAGAAAUUGGUCUGUCUGUGCUCCUGCUGCUGGUCAGCUGCGCCUUGGCCGGCCUGGUGGUCCUCUACACAUCUGCACUGAAAGGACAAUCUCAGCCCUCGACCGUGUCGCUGAGCUCAGCGGACUUGGGAGGUCAGCUGUUUCGCUCCAACCUCAACAGUGUGUGCACAACUGCAGACUGUGUCACAGCAGCGUCGCGGCUCCUGCAGAACAUGGAUGCAUCCGCGAAGCCCUGUGAUAACUUCUACCAGUACGCCUGCGGGGGUUGGCUCGAGCGCCAUGUCAUCCCUGAGACCAGCUCGCGUCAUAGCGUCUUUGACAUUCUCAGGGACAAGCUGGAGAUUGUGCUCAAAGGCGCUCUCGAGACAGAGAGAGAAGAAGACAGAGAUGCCAUCAAGAAGGCCAAAGUCCUUUACACUUCCUGCUUGAAUGAAAGCCUCAUCGAGCAGCGUGACUCUCAGCCCCUACUGAGGCUCAUCGACAUUAUCGGCGACUGGCCUGUGGCUUCUGAUGACUGGAACGCCACCUCUGAGGAAGAAUGGAGUCUCGAGGACACUCUGGCCACAAUGACGGCUCGCUUUCACAAGAAGGCUCUCCUGGACAUGUACGUGUGGACCGACGACCGGGAUUCUAAGCGCCAUAUUGUUUACAUUGACCAGCCAGGACUUGGCAUGCCAUCACGAGAUUAUUAUUUUAACGAUGGAAACUACAAAAAGGUACGAGAGGCCUACCUCCACUUCAUGGUCUCCAUCGCCAAGAUGACCCGGGAAGACAGGAACUUGACGCAGGACGAUGAGUGUGUGUGGCAGGAAAUGAUGCAAGUGUUGGACCUGGAAACAGACGUCGCCAACGCCACAUUGCCAGCUGAGGAGCGCCAGGACGUCACCGUACUUUACAACAAGAUGACGCUGAACGAGCUGCAGAGCACAUUCGGCUUUAACGGUUUUAAUUGGACACGGUUUAUCCGAGGUGUGCUAUCCAGCGUGUCCCUCGACGUGGAGCUGGAAGAGGAAGUGGUGGUAUACGGCUCACCCUACCUGGACAAGAUGAACGAAGUCCUCUCCAGACACAGUGUUCGAACAAUGCAGAACUACCUCACCUGGCAGCUGGUCAUUGAGCGAGUUAACAGCUUGAGUCGUCGUUUCAAAGAUGCCCGAGCCCGUUACAGGAAGACUCUGUAUGGGACCACGGUGGAAGAUGCCUGGUGGCGAGAAUGUGUUCGUUACGUCCAGAGCAGCAUGGAGAAUGCUGUCGGUGCGCUGUACGUACGUGAAACUUUUGCUGGAGAAAGCAAACGAAUGGUCAGCGAUCUCAUCGGGAAGAUCCAGACAGCGUUUGUAGAAACACUGGAGGAGCUAAGCUGGAUGGAUGCACGCUCCAAGGAGAAGGCCAGAGAGAAGGCCAUGGCCAUCAAAGAGCAUAUUGGCUAUCCAGAUCACAUUCUGCAGAACAGUAACCAGAAAUUGGACCAAGAGUAUGCUCAUUUGAAUUUUAGCGAGGAACACUACUUCGAGAACAUCCUGGAGAAUCUCAAGUUCGAGGCCCACAAGAGUCUGAAGAAGCUCAGAGAGCCAGUGGAUCCUAACUUGUGGAUCAUUGGUGCUGCUGUGGUGAAUGCUUUUUACUCUCCCAACAGAAACCAGAUUGUGUUUCCAGCAGGCAUCCUGCAGCCACCUUUCUUCAGUAAACAUCAACAGCAGGCUCUGAACUUUGGUGGAAUCGGAAUGGUCAUCGGCCAUGAGAUCACACAUGGAUUUGAUGACAACGGGCGUAAUUUUGACAAGGACGGCAACAUGCUCAACUGGUGGAGCAAUUACUCUGCGGAGCAUUUCAAGGAGCAGUCACAGUGCAUGGUUCAGCAGUAUGGAAAGUUCAACUGGAAGCUGGCGGGUGGACAAAAUGUAAGCGGAAUCAGCACUUUAGGGGAGAACAUUGCUGACAAUGGGGGGGUUCGCCAAGCCUACAAGGCUUACCUGAAGUGGGUGGAGACUGAAGGGGAAGAGUCUCGCCUGCCCGGUCUAGACAUGGAUCACAAGCAGCUGUUCUUUCUUAACUUUGCCCAAGUUUGGUGUGGUGCUUAUCGGCCCGAAUAUGCCAGCCAGUCCAUCAAGACAGACUCUCACAGCCCAUUAGAAUACAGGGUUCUUGGUUCGCUCCAGAAUUUUGAAGCUUUCUCAGAGGCAUUCCAGUGCCAAAAAGGCAGUCCGAUGAACCCUGAGCAGAAGUGUCGCGUCUGGUAGAAGGUUUUAUACACUCCGUUUGUCGUAUUUCCUGUGAAAGGAGACAGUGUUUUCAUGCUGACUGUCCUGCAAGGACUUCGUUCAUUUGGGGUGACACCAAUUAUUGCAGUCACAGUUGUCGUAUUUGGAACUGGUGAUAUCUUGGGUUAGUUUCAUGGCUUGAAAGCCAACUCUCUGGCGGAUUCACGAGGCAACACUUAACAUUUUGUGUAAAGCAUUUGUUUUUGUUUUUCUUUUUGUUUUACAGGGAAUGUUCUGUGCAAAUCUCUAGAGCAAGUCUUUGUGAUUAACUCAUGAACAUUUUUAUUCAACCACCGUGAAGUGUACCACCGUGAGCGCUUGCCAAAGUAAUGAAAACAUUGGCAGCUACAACAGAAUUAGUUCUGACUGUUACAUGCAGUAAAUUACCUGAGACUUAAUACUUCAAUCUUUGCAGCUCUAACUUUAAAUUAACAUUCCGAGGGAGCUGCAGGUUUUAACAAUAAGUCAGCAAAUAUUUCAACUUUGGCUUUCCAGAAGCUUUCUCUGAGUGUCUCUUACUACAGACACGCACACUACUUGUACUUUAGGAUACAAAUAGUGAUUCUUCAGAACGUGAACUCAGUUCAAGGAACCUGUCCAACCCACGAUUUGUUUGAAUUUUAACUGAUGGUUUGAGAAAUAAAUUCUGUUCAGAUGGUUAAACGUUAACCUCAUAAAACAUUUUCAUACAGUACAGGUCCCUGUGUUAUGUAGUUAAUUGUUGAUUGUCAUAUUAAAAAGUUAUGCUAGUAAUUGCUUAAAAGUAAUGUAGCAAACGUCACAAUUGAUACGUACCGUUUUGUUUGGUCUUAGUGUCACCGAUUACACAACAAUUCUAACAAAAUGUGAAAAAAAGAACAAUAAAAUACAACAUCAGUGUUAGUUAGCGACAAGGGACAUCAUGUUCAUGUUUUGCUUUUAGUGUCAUCAUUAGCAUUUUACAUCUUGUCUUAUUCAUAACUGAUUCAACAAAAUAUAACAAAAAAUAUCCCAAAAACAGUUUUUGUUAGGAUUGGGAUAAGGCAUUUCUGGAUUCCUUGACUAACUUCGGUUUUUGGGCAAAUUUCGAGUCGUCCGAUCAUGGAACUGUUGAGUUCUAAGAGUCUGUUGUAUAAACACGUUUGGUAGCCAAUUUAUUUUUAAAUAGUGAAACAAGCGAAAUCCUGAUUGUAGCCAAGCUGUUAAAAAAAAUUUAAAUAAAAAGAGACUUGCGUUUGCUAUUGCGAGUACGGCUUUUGACAAUAAUUCCCUUUUCAGUUUUAGUCUUAUAAUUAACAUUUUACUCAUUGACUCAUAAUUGCUGAUUCCAACUCAAAAGUCAACUAAAACUUGCGAAACAAAACAUUAUUUUGCUUGCCUACUACUUUGAAAAUAGCGUAACAAGAGAGACCUAAAUUGUAGCCAAGAUUUAAAAAACAAUUGCCCACUUUUGCCUUAGCGAUUGUGAGCAGCCCUUUCACAAUACAUUCUUUUUUUAGUUUUAGUGUCAUCAUGCUUUCCUCGCUGGCUUAUCAUCCCU